CCAGCAUUUGCCUCCAAGCAUGGCCACGUACGCGCUGCCGAGCCGGUCGAGCCGCGGGUCGCGCAUCAACAAGCUCAUCGGCGAGGCCGCCGAGGCCGACGAGACCUUCUGGAACAACGAGGUGUGGGCCGAAGGCGAGGACGACGACUACUCGACCGAAGCUGAGGAAGAGGACGUUGUCGACUCGGACUUUUUCGACGACGAAGCGCCCGACGACGAAGUGCAUGAUGCAGACGAAGAGCGCCCGGCCAAGCGCACUCGAAGCACACGAUCUGCGUUCAAGGAGCCAGUGCCGGUGGCGCCAAAGCGGCCUCGGCGCACACCUCCAGUGGUCGACGCGCCGCCUUUAAUGCCCCUCGACGUUGCCCCCAUGGAGGUUCGGUCCAGUACGAUCAACAAGCGUGUCUUGUCGCACGACUUGCAGGAGCGGUACGCUCAAGAAGCGCGCAAGGCGCAGGCCGAGAAGAACGCGGCCGCGCCCAAGGUCGUCGUGCGCAUGACGCAGGCCCAGCUCCUCGCCGAAGCUGUUCGCACCGAAGUCGACAACACGCAGAGCCUCAACCGCCUUGAGCGCAUGGAAGAAGAGAAGCGAGCGGACGACAUGGUUCCCAAGGCCAAGUUCACAGGACCCGCCAUUCGCUAUUACAGCUCGCUGCACACACCCAAGCUCAUUACGUUCCUCAACGUCGACGAGUUUCCCGCCGUCUUGACGCAGGGCCCACCCCAAGUCCGACGACGGGUAGCCAAGCCCACCGAGGCGCCUGUGCUUGUUGCCGGGCAGACAAAGACCAAGCCCGACCGGAUCGAGACCAAGCCCGACCGGAUCGAGACCAAGCCCGACCGGAUCGAGACCAAGCCCGACCGGAUCGAGACCAAGCCCGACCCGACCGAGACCAAGCCCGACCCGACCGAGACCAAGCCGACCGCGCUCGGCGUCGAGGCCAUGGUGGACAUGGUGGUGGCCUCAUGA